UGUUGCCGCCGUCACCAUGCAUUUUGUAGUAUUCUCUCCGUCCCCACCAACCACCGCUUCCGUCUCAUUGCUUGUUUGCAUUCCUACAAAUUCCAUGGUGGAACUCCAUUGCGUCCUGAGAUUGAGAUAGAGAUUGAGAUAGAGAGCCAUGGAGAUGAACGAAAGCCAGCACUGGAACAUCCACGGGAACGAGGAGCUCAACAAAUCCUCCGUUUCAGUCCGUGGUACUCUUAAUCUCAUCUCUACUUAUCUCAAUACUGAUGAUCAUCGUCCGGUUAUUGCUUUUGGCCGUGCCGAUCCUUCUUCCUACCCUAGCUUUCGGACUUCUUCUUCCAUUGUUGAAGCCCUUGUUGAUGCUGUUCAAUCGCGGAACUUCAACUCUUAUCCUUCCACGCAGGGCGUUCUUUCUGCUAGGAGGGCAUUGGCAGAGUAUUAUUCCAGGGGUCUGCCAUACCAGUUAUCCUCUGAUGAAGUAUUUAUCACUACUGGUUGCACACAAGCCAUUGAAGUCAUAAUAUCUGUACUAGCUAGCCCUGGUGCCAACAUCCUGCUUCCUAGACCAGCUUACCCGCAUUAUGAAGCGAGAGCAAACUUUGGACGCCUUGAAGUUCGCAAUUUUGAUCUCAUACCAGAAAAGAGCUGGGAGGUUGACCUUGAAGCUGUCAAAGCUCUAGCAGAUAACAAUACCGUUGCUAUAGUUAUUAUCAAUCCCAACAACCCUUGCGGCAGUGUCUACACAUACCAGCAUCUCAAAGAGAUUGCAGAAACAGCAAGGAAACUAGGGAUUUUUGUGAUCUCUGAUGAAGUUUAUGCACACAUGGUGUUUGGGAAGAAGCCCUUUGUGCCAAUGGGCGAGUUUGGAUCCAUUGCACCGGUGCUAACCCUUGGAUCUCUAUCAAAGAAAUGGUCUGUCCCUGGUUGGAGAUUGGGUUGGAUUUUAACUACUGAUCCUAAUGGCAUCCUGAAAAAACAUGGGAUUGUGGAGAGCAUUCAGAACUAUAAGGACAUUUCCCCCGAUCCCCCAACCUGCAUCCAGGGAGCAGUUCCACAAAUUCUAGCGAAAACCAGCGACGAAUUUGUUUCAGGUCUUCUUGAUUUACUGAGAACAAAUGGAGAUAUUUUGUAUGAAAAGAUCAACGAGAUCCCUUGUUUUACCUGCCCAAACAAACCAGAAGGAUCAAUGCUUUCAAUGGUGAAGCUGAAUCUAGAACAACUUGAAGGCAUCACCGACGACGUAGACUUCUGCAGCAAGGUGGCGAAGGAAGAAUCUGUGCUCAUUCUUCCAGGUGUUGCCGUUGGGUUGAAGAAUUGGCUGCGCUUCAGCUUUGGGAUGGAGCGUUGUUCCAUUGAAGAUGGUGUGGCAAGGUUGAAAAGCUUCUACCUAAGGCAUAAGCUCCAUUAGACAGACAGUUCUUGCAGAAGUUUCCUUCAACGUUUGAGAUGUUUCAGUGACUAUAAAAUAAAUCAGACUACUAGAGGAAAAAAAAAAUAUAAUAUAUAUUAGCUUCUUAUA